AUGGCGGGGGAUGUGCGGGGCGGCGGCUGCGCGGGGCCCAGCUGCCCGGUAACAGUCUGGGGCUGGAAGACGGGUCUUGGCUGUCACCGCAGCAGGGUACCCAGGACCCAUCUGCCGCCGGCCCCCUGCGCAGUCUGCUGGCUCCUGGGACCCCCAGCCGGCUCCCAGUGGGACUGCUGACGGCACGGGGCCAACGUCAAGGCCAACAGGAAGACUAAGAAGGAGGGCGGGGCCCUCCGGGCACAGGGUGCCUCUUCCAACGUCUUCUCCAAUUUCGAGCAGACACAGAUCCAGGAGUUCAAGGAGGCCUUCACGCUGAUGGAUCAGAACUGGGACGGCUUCGACAAGGAGGACCUGAAGGACACCUACGCCUCCAUGGGCAGGACCAACGUGAAGGACGAGGAGCUGGAUGCCAUGCUGCAGGCGGGCGGGCCCAUCAACCUCACCCCUUUCCCCAACAUGUUCGGGGAGAAGCUGACCGCCUCUGUGGCCGGGACGGAUGCCGAGGAGACCAUCCUGAAUGGCUUCGAAAUGCUGGACCAGGGCAAAGGCAGCAUCAACAAGGACUACAUCAAGCAGCUGCUCAUGUCCCAGGCCGACAAGAUGACCAUGGAGGAGGUUGACUAGAUGUUGCAGUUUGCAAAGAUCAACGCUGCAGGCAACCUGGACUACAAGGCGCUGAGCUUCGUGCUCACCCAUGAGGAGGAGGAGGAGGAGUGAGGGUGCCCUCACCCCACCCCACCCCCAGCGCUGUGGCCAGUUCAAUAAACCUGAACCCA